CCUAAAGAAGUGGCUGACAUCUUCAACGCCCCCAGUGACGAUGAAGACUUUGUGGGUUUCCGAGAUGAUGUUCCCAUGGAAACACUGUCAUCAGAGGAGAGCUGUGAUAGUUUGAACUCUCUGGAUUUGAGGAAACAGCAGGAUGUGCGAAGUUUCCAUUCCAAAUAUUUCACAGAAGAGCUGAGGAGGAUAUUUUUUGAGGACACCGACUCGGACACUGAGGACUUUGAAGGCUUUACGCAGAGUGAGCUGAGCACCAGCAGUACCUCAGAAGCCCCGCUCAUGGCAUCAGAUUUGAGUGAGGAGGAGAAAGCAUCUCAGGCUAGAGAGGAAGAGGAUGAAGCCAUCCCUACAAGAAGAAGGUCUCAAAGAAGCAGCCUUGGUCUUCGAGUGGCCUUCCAGUUUCCCACCAAGAAGUUGGCAAAAAAGUCAGACAAAAAUGGCUCUUCUGAACUAUCGUUUCCAAGCUCACACUUACAGGACAGUAAAAAUAUCCUUGGAAGAAACAGAAACUGUAGAGCGGCACAGGAAAGGGAUGAUUCUGCGUCGGAGUCGGAGGAUGACUUGAGGGAUGAGAGCCAGGAGAGCUCAGAUGCCCUGCAGAAGAGGACCAUGAACAUCAAGGAAAACAAGGCCAUGCUUGCUCAGUUAUUGGCAGAAUUGAACUCAAUGCCAGACUUGUUUCCAGUACGAACCCCAGCCUCAGCUUCUAAGAAGAAAACAACACGGCGGGCCUUCUCAGAAGGACAGAUCACACGGCGUAUGAACCCAACCCGGAGUGCACGACCCCCAGAGAAGUUUGCGCUAGAAAACUUCACCCUCUCCACCACCAAAUUUGCAGAAGAGUUUUAUACUUUGAGAAGAAGGAAGACAAUCAGUGGGGGAAAAUGCCAGAAGUACAGACAGCGCCGUCGCCUGUCUUCUUAUCGCCCAGUGGAGGAUAUUACUGACGAGGACUUGGAAAACGUUGCCAUAACCGUUCGGGAUAAAAUCUAUGAUAAAGUUCUGGGUAACACUUGCCAUCAGUGCCGGCAGAAGACCAUUGACACUAAGACGGUGUGUCGGAACCAGGACUGCUGUGGUGUGCGAGGACAGUUCUGUGGGCCAUGCCUGCGCAACCGCUAUGGGGAGGACGUGCGAGAGGCCCUGCUAGACCCGGAUUGGAUGUGCCCUCCCUGCCGGGGGAUCUGCAACUGUAGUUACUGUCGGAGGCGCGACGGCCGCUGUGCCACAGGGAUCCUCAUUCAUCUGGCUAAGUUCUAUGGUUAUAAUAAUGUUAAAGAAUAUCUGGAAAGCUUACAAAAGCAGCUGGUAGAAGACAACUGAGAGGAAAAGAGUAUCAGUCAACUCACCAGAGUACUCCAAGAAUGCAUAUCGUUG